GGCAGCCCCGGGGUGUGAGUUGUCCCCUCUCAGUUUGUCUCUGCCCCUGCCAGGAUGCACCAACCUCGGAAGAGCUGGAGCAGUUCGCCAAGGACCUCAAGCACAAGCGCAUCAUGCUGGGCUUCACCCAGGCUGACGUGGGGCUGGCUCUGGGCACCCUCUAUGGGAAGAUGUUCAGCCAGACGACCAUCUGCCGCUUUGAAGCGCUCCAGCUCAGCUUCAAGAACAUGUGCAAGCUGAAACCACUGCUGCAGCGUUGGCUCAACGAGGCAGAGAACACGGACAACAUGCAAGAGAUGUGCAAUGCGGAGCAAGUGUUGGCCCAAGCCCGGAAGAGAAAGCGCAGGACCAGCAUUGAGACCAAUGUGAAGGGGACUCUGGAGAGCUUCUUCCGCAAGUGCGUGAAGCCCAGUCCCCAGGAGAUCUCCCAGAUCGCCGAGGACCUCAACCUGGACAAAGACGUGGUCCGGGUCUGGUUCUGCAACCGGCGUCAGAAAGGCAAACGGCUGCUGCUGCCCUUUGGCAAUGAGGCGGAGGGAGUGAUGUACGACAUGAACCAAUCCCUGGUACCCCCUGGCCUGCCCAUCCCGGUGACAUCCCAGGGCUACAGCCUGGCACCCUCCCCACCCGUCUACAUGCCACCUUUCCACAAAGCCGAAAUGUUCCCUCAAGCUCUGCAGCCUGGGCUCUCCAUGAGCAACAGCAACCACUGAACCGGGGGCUGCGGGGGCUGACAGUGGGGCUGGGCUGGUUCUCUGGGGGCAGCUUCGCCCUGAGAAGGCACGGGCACAGCCCCGCUCUUGCCCUCAGCACUGCCUGGGCACUCGCUGGGCUACCUCAGGGCUUUUGGGGUGCGAGGGGCAGGGGAAGGGCUGGGAGCCUGGCAUGGAGAUGGUGCCCGCUCUCUGUGCUUGCUCCCGGCCUUUCCAAAUUAACGUGAGUCUACGGGUCCCAGCAGUGUUGGCCCCUCUCACCUCUCCUGGGGGACAGCUGCUCCUGCACCACUGCACCCCAUUGAAGUUGUGUGUGCCCAGGGCACUCAGUGGAGCCGUCUGCCCCAGCCCAGCCGAGCUGCUCUCCCGCAAGGCCCAGGAAAAAGUUUUUUUUAGAUUUUUUUGAGGGGGGGAGGGGGGUGGUUUUAUUAUUUUUUUUUGAAUGGCUUUUGGUUGUAGUUUUUAAAAAGUAAAAAUCUUUGUAGUGAUGACUAGUUUCCCAGGUGCCCUUUCCCUGUCAGGUAGAGCAGGGCUGGGGUGCUGUGCCCAGGGCCAGUGUCCCCGGCGGCUCUGCCCACCCUCCUGGGAGCCAAGGGCUGGAGUUUGGGGCUGGAGCUGAGCCCUCGCAGCCCCAGCUCCCCGUGGCACAGGAGGGGCUUCACCUGCCCGUGGGCAGGCUGGCAGGGCUUGUUUUGGGGGGAGGUGGGGGUCCUCCCCAGCCCUUGUGCCCAGCGUCACUCUGGGCCCCUCGUGCCCUCUCUGCUCUCCAGCCGUUGUCCCUCUGCCCCAGCCCGGCUGCCCAGGGACUGUCUUUCCCCAGGUUUCCCAGCCCAGGGGGGCCAACACCAUCCUGUCCAUGCUGCUAGCACCCCUGUGCCUCUGAGCCUGCUGUAGUU